UCGACCGUCGGACCAACAGUGAAUUCCGUCUAAACAUGGCGGCGGUUGUGAAGUUGAUUCGAAGGGUUUUUGGAGGAGGACAAGGAGGAGGAGGAGGUCAUGGAGGAUUGCGAGGAUUUAUUAAUCCUAUGUUCAAAGAGAACGACAAUAAACCUGGUACCUUCGUCGGUGAAGAUAAAUAUGGGAACAAAUACUUUGAGAACAAGCGCAAAUUCUUCGGACGCCACCGUUGGGUGGUGUACACCAAAGAGAUGAACGGAAAGGACACGACGUGGGACGUGGAUCCCAGCAUGGUGACACCUGAAUGGCAUCGCUGGCUUCACAGUAUAACGGACCUCCCACCCUCCUCACAUCCUCUAGAAACCCAGAAGUUCCUCGCCAAGAUCCAUCAGCUCAAUUCGACCGGCACCCCGCAGCAGUACGUCCCCUACUCCACCACCCGCAAGAAGAUCCAGGAGUGGGUGCCCCCCAAAGCAGGAGCCCAGUGAACUCUGCCCGUUUUAAUUUACGAGCUGUAAAUUAUAAAAUCUGUGUCCCAACGCGUUGUGAAUAAAAUCUGCACACAGACGCUUUUGAAACUUC